AUGCCUAUGAAGGGUGUGCACCAAUUUGAGAUUUUAGGGAAACUCAGUCUCAGGUAUGUUGGGCCUUUUGAGAUUCUAAAGCGAGUUGGCUCUUUGGCAUACAAGUUGGCCUUGCCACCUCAGUUAGCCGGCGUUCAUAACGUCUUCCAUGUAUCCAUGUUGAGGAAGUACGUGUCAGAUCCCCAACACAUCAUCAAUUAUCAAACCAUUGGGAUAGGCGAGGAUGUUGCUUGUGAGGAGUUUCCAGUUAGCAUUUUGGAGCAAAAAGAAAAAGUGUUGAGGAACCAGACGAUUCCUUUUGUGAAGGUCCAGUGGCAGCGUCACCCUCCGGAUGAAGCUAUUUGGGACCAUGAGGAUGAGAUGCAGCAUCUCUUCCCCCAACUAUUUGCUUAA